AUGUUGUCGCUGCUGGCUUCCCUGCUGCUCGUGGAGCUUGAAUGGGUCCACAGCCUGGUUGGGGAAGGGGCAGAAAUGAGACACAACAAGGUUUCCUCCUUUUCCCCUCCAGUCUCCGGCUGUGGAACCCCCACUUACUCCCCCCUGACGCGGGUGGUCAAUGGGGAGGACGCCAAUCCCCACAGCUGGCCCUGGCAGGUCUCCCUGCAGUACCUGAAAGGAGAAGAGUAUUACCAUACCUGCGGCGCCAGCCUCAUCGCUGAGGACUGGGUCCUCACCGCCGGACACUGCAUCUCGAAAUCUCUCAAGUACCAGGUGGUACUAGGGGAGCACGACUUCAGCGCAGAGGAGGGCAGCGAGCAGGUCAUCCCCAUCCUCACCGAGGACAUCUUCGUGCACCCGGGCUGGAACCCCAACUGUGUCGCUUGCGGCAAUGACGUUGCCCUCAUGAAGCUCUCCCAAAAGGCCCAGCUCAAUGACAAGGUGCAGCUGGCCUGUCUGCCACCAGCCGGCCAGAUCCUGCCCCACGAUACCCCCUGCUUCGUCAGCGGCUGGGGCACCCUCUACACCAGUGGCCCGAUCCCUGACAAGCUGCAGCAGGCACAGCUGCCCGUGGUGGAUCAUGCUCACUGCUCCCAACGGGACUGGUGGGGCAGCACCGUCAAGGAGUCCAUGAUCUGCGCCGGCGGGGACAUCAAGUCAGCCUGCAAUGGAGACUCCGGGGGACCGCUCAACUGCCAGGGAUACGACGGCAGAUGGUACAUCCAGGGCAUUGCCAGCUUCGUUUCCAGCAGGGGUUGUAACACCCUGAAGAAGCCUUCCGUCUUCACCCGAGACUCGGCCUUCGUGUCCUGGAUCGAGGAGACCAUGGCCAACAACUAGAAGAUACCAGCCCCUGCCCAUGGCUCAGACAAGCUGUGGCCCCUCUGGUCCUGGAUUCACCUCCCACUUGCAGAAUAAACACUGAAGAAUGCUCA